CUGCUAGCAACAGCACUAGCGGCACCCAAAUGCUAGCGUAAGAUUAUACUAGCUCUCACUCAGGGAUUGCCGAUCUUGGUUUUAACAAGGGUGGGUUUUAACAACGUUGUGGGAGGGGUCGUUGAAUAGAUUCAGUAAUAACCAACAUUUUGGGACAUUGCGUGGCAAUGAUUAUUUAUAAUAAUAGUUAUUUGUUACGAUAAUAGUGAAAAUUUAAAGAUGAUAGUCAAAAAACUUUUUUAGUGAAGCAAAAAACGAAAAAACUGUCGUAUUCUUAUAUAUAGAUACAUAUAGAUAUAUACAUAUAUAUCAAGUGAAAGUCAAAAAUUCUGUACAACUGCGAGAUAAGUGACCACGAGGAGAAAUAAGCAGAUAAAAAAGUUGUUCACCUAAAAGUCGAUCGUUAAAAAAAAGUGAGAAAAAAAAAACCGACAGUUGAAUGAUAUUUUUGACAUUUUCCAAGUUCUUCCCUAAGUCCUCGAGUCCCCUUUUCCCCUCUUGUUAGUUCCCCAUAACGAGAGUCAAUCCCCCCAUAUUCUAGAGUCUCGCUUGAUGGCUGCUGCUGUCGUUUUACCGGGUGGGGGAAAACAAGCCUUGUCCACCUAAUAUUCACUUUACCGAAGCUUAUAUGAAGGAAUAUGUCGAGCUUAAAAAUUGUGUCAGUAAUGCACUUGCUUACCCUGCCCUUGCAAAUGGAUCCUGAGCCAAGACACCAAAAGGCCGCCUAUGAAUAAAAGAACAAAUAAAUGUUAUUGUAAUAAUAAUAGAAAAGAACGAAAAACAUAAAACUCAAGUCAAACAUCAAAACCCAAUAAAUAAAAUAAUAAAAAGUAAUACAUUAAAAAAACUAAAGAAUGAAUGCCUACUGUACUCAUGCCAACGAAACAAGCAGAUUUGCGAUUCAUUCGAGUAGUACGUGAGUAGCAGCCGUUUUCGCCAGUCUCGGACGUAAAUAUCUUUAUAUUUGCACAUGGCAGCCAUGAAGCAUGGCAAGACAAAUCAGGACGACGUGUGCUACGUUGUCGCCAAGUAUGAUUAUGGAGCACAAGGAGCACAGGAGUUGGAUUUACGUAAAAAUGAACGUUACCUUUUAUUAGACGAUUCAAAACAUUGGUGGAGAGUGCAAAGUGCACGUGGACAAGCUGGAUAUGUACCGAGUAAUUAUGUAAAGAAGGAAAAACCGUCCCUGUUUGACAGCAUUAAGAAAAAAGUGAAGAAGGGUUCAGGUUCUAAGACCCUACCGUCCGGAAACUCACCUUCACGUGCCGUAGAAUCACCAAUUAUGACACGAAGACUGCCAGCAGAUCCAAGUGAAGCAAUAGGUACAGCUGUUGUUAAGUACAACUAUCAAGCCCAACAAGCUGAUGAGUUGUCGCUGGUCAAGGGCACACGAAUCCUUAUACUUGAGAAGAGCAACGAUGGUUGGUGGAGAGGCCAGAGUGGCACUCAGGCGGGCUGGUUUCCCUCCAACUACACUCAAGAAGAGGGUGACGCUGAUGACACCUUACACACAUACGCCAUGGCCGAGAAUGUGCUUGACAUCGUCGUCGCUUUGUACUCAUUUUCGUCUAACAACGACCAAGAGCUUUCUUUCGAAAAAGGAGAUCGGUUAGAAAUUCUUGAUCGUCCUCCUGCUGAUCCAGAAUGGUAUAAAGCAAGAAAUGGCCAAGGACAAAUCGGUCUUGUUCCACGUAAUUAUCUUCAAGAACUCAGCGAAUAUUUAACACAACCUUAUCGCGAUCGCGGCAUGACAACUAGUGAAAUCAGCACCGGAGAUUCUUUAGAACGAAGGCCUGACCCUGGAGAUCGACCACAUCUUGUUGGAAAACCUUGGUAUUACGGCAGCAUAACACGCUCCCAAUGUGACACUCUCCUUAAUCAACAUGGGCAUGAUGGAGAUUUUCUCAUUAGAGAUAGUGAAACUAAUAUGGGUGAUUACUCAGUCUCGUUAAAAGCACCUGGUCGAAACAAACACUUUAGGGUACAUGUUGAAGGUGCGCUUUAUUGUAUCGGUCAAAGAAAGUUCCAUACACUUGAUCAACUAGUUGAUCAUUACCAACGAGCACCAAUUUAUACUAAUAAGCAGGGUGAAAAGCUAUACUUAGUACGUCCCUUGCCUAAAGGUAACUCCAAUAGUAAUGGCUGCUAAGAAAUGAAGAUGGGAGAAGACAAUUAAAUAAAUAAAAAGUCGCAUUAGCAUCCUUAAGGAUUGCAAAUGACGGUUACCCGCCAUGCCUAGUAAUAUCAUUAUCUCGUAUGUUUAUACAUAACAAUUAACAUGAUUGGUGAAACUCAUGUAUUAGUGUUUUAAUAAUUUUUCAAUUUCAAUGCUGAUUAAUUUAUAUCAUUAAUAAAUAUUAUUGCAAUGAUCCGUUGGAGCUUCCAACUCUUAGGAAAUGAAGAAGUAAAAUAAUAGUAAUAUUAAAUGAAAUGGAAUGGAAGAAAAUUUUGAAUGAAGUUUAUAAAAGAAUUUACGGCAGCUACGUGAUAUCUAUUGAUAGUUAGCACGACAGCUUCUUUAAUCUCUCAUUUUUAUAUCAAUUUAAUGUAAUUAUACUACAGUGACACGACUGAAUCAUGUUUAUCAUCAUUAAUAUAUUAAUUAUAAUUAAUCUAGCCUUCAAGUGUAACAAUUUAAUAAUUAUCCACGCAAGAUACUGUAUUUAAUUAUAUGGAUCUAGCAAUUUUUGAUCGGUAACUGAAGAGAAAAACAACAAAGACUAAGUGUUCAUUUGUGAUUUUGUAUUUAUUAGAAAGUUUUUAAGUAAAUAAAUCGUAUUUAAGUGUGAGUCAUUUAUCAUCAA